AUGAGCGAGGCUGAUGGUAUUCAAGAAGGGACUAACACCAACCCUAGCAACAUGAACACUGCUAACAAUGAUGAUAAUGAAAAUUAUUUUGGUAAUUUGAAUGACGAAUUAUCGUUCGGAGGAAUGGAUGAUGACCCUGAGGAUAACGAUUUCCUCGACAUGUACAAUCUCACCCCAAGACAACGAGUAAUAUAUAAAGCGAAGAAAUUAAUGUAUCAAGCAAAGAAUAGGUUCGAUUCAUUAAAGGCAUGGCAAAAAGGUUUAGUUUAUCUUGCAGGUGCAUCGUUUUUCGUCGCCGGGAUUUUAUUUUUAGUGUACCGUCAUAAGAUUAUGGACAAGAUUGUCGAGACGUCAAACGAUUUGGAAGCAAAAUCUUCUACUCAAUUCUUACUCUUACUAUUUAUAUUCAUUGUGGCAUUCCCACCAUUAAUAGGUUACUCAUUUUUAUCCACAAGUACUGGUCUGAUUUACGGUGUGACAUUCCAUGGUUGGAUUAUUUUAGCACUUGGAUCUGUCUGUGGUUCUGUUGCAUCAUUUGCUGUAUUUAAGAAUUUGUUACAUUCAAGAGCCGAAAAAUUAAUACAUGCUAACAGAAGAUUCGAAGCAUUUGCUUCGAUAUUACAAGAAAACAACAGUUAUCUUAUUUUGGCUUUGUUUAGAUUAUGUCCAUUCCCAUAUUCUUUAACCAACGGUGCUGUUGCAGGCGUAUAUGGUAUCUCAGUACGUAAUUUUGCUAUUGCUAAUGUUAUCACAACACCAAAAUUGUUUGUGUAUUUGUUCAUUGGAUCAAGAAUUAAGAAUCUUGCCGAAACAGAAUCUCCUGGAUCUAAACUAUUUGAUAUUAUCAGUAUCGUAGUUGCUGUUUGUAUCUUAAUGAUGACAGCAUGGAUUCUUUAUUAUAAGACUAACCAAAGAUAUAAACAAUUACAACGUGAAGAUAACCAAGCACCAAUAGAUUCGUUGGGAGAAACCGAUUUCGAAAUAUGA